AUCAAGCAGCUCCUGUCCACUGCCGUGGCCUGAUGGACGACUGUCACAGCAGCCUCCUCACAGGUCUUGCCAUGCUCCUGCCCUGUCGCCCCCAACCUCAGUCUGUUCCACAGGGGCCCUGCUAACACCUGACUCAGAUCAUGUCCCUCCCUCUGCUCAGAACCCUUCUGUGGCUCCAUCUUGCUCAGAGAUCCUUACCAGGAGGCCCUACACCACCAGCCCCUGUCUGCUCUAAGUAUAUAUGGAGGCAUUUGGUGAGGGACCGUCUGGAUGUGUCAGAUAGAGUUUAUAAUCCUGAAUGUGGGUUCAGCAGGAAUAUUCGGGGCUGCCUGGAAUGAUGUAGAAGGACAACGUUGAGGCUUCAGCUAGGGAUGUAGUAGAAAGACUUGGAUUGUUUGAAAAGGCUUGGGGGUCGGGUUGCAUCUCAGAGCAGGGGUCAGAAGGAACAAUGUAGGGGGGUUUGAAAUGGUGUGAAGAUAGAUACAUGGUGAUAUUGGGCGAGGAUGUAAGGAAACAUCUAGGGUGUUCACCAGCAUCCGAGGGGAAAAUCUAUGGGAGUUUGAUAAGAAUUUGGGGGUAGCAUUUUGGGACGUUAUUGGGGCAUCAGAAGGAGAUUAGCUGUAAUAUUUUGAGCUGUUCAGGAGAGUUCGGGGAAUAUCGAGCCUAAAGGAGGGACACUGGGUUAUCAGAAGGGGAUAUGGAAAAUAUAGGGAUCAAGGGGCUUGGGGGAAAUAUUGAGGGUAUCAGAGGUGUGCUCAAUAAAAUUGGGGAGUGGUGUUGGGUGUUGACCAGGGUUCAGGGGUACACCUAGGAUUGACAAAUGAAGUUUGUGGGAUACUGAGGUAUGCAGAUAUGCUGAGGGUUGACAGGAAGUCACCAGCAUGGCUGGUAGGGGGUGUCUGAUCUGGUCCCCCUCCUGCCCCCUCAGACCACCUUGGAGUGUACCCUGAGGCCAGGCUUGGUUUACAACAAAGUGAACCCCAUUUUUCAUCACUGGAGCCUGGGUGACUGCAAGUUUGGACUGACGUUCCAGAGCCCUGCAGAGGCUGAUGAGUUCCAGAAGAGCCUGCUGGCCGCACUGGCUGCGCUGGGGCGAGGACACCGCAGAGACUCCCUGCCCUCUGACGUCCCACGUGGACAGCGAGUCCUCCUCCAGUCACAGCCGCCAGGAGACGCCUCCCACCACCGCGGCGGCCACUAUCAUCACCGUGGAGUCCGCUUCUGGCUUCGGGCCGGCUACGUCCCCCCAGCGCCGCCGCUCCUCCGCGCAGAGCUACCCUCCGCUCCUACCGUUCACGGGGAUUCCGGAGCCCUCAGAGCCCCUGGCCGGGGCAGGGGGCCCGGGCUGGGGCGGCCGUGGCUAUGAGGAUUACCGGCGCGCCGGGCCGCCCGCGCCCCUCGCCCUGUCCACCUGCGUCGUGCGCUUCGCCAAGACCGGCGCGUUGAGGGGCGCAGCGCUGGGGCCCCCCGCUGCGCUACCCGCCCCUCUCGCCGAGGCUGCGCCCCCAGCGCCCCCCGCUCGCCCACCCCCGGGCCCCGGGCCUGCCCCUGCGCCCGCCAAGGCCUCCCCCGAGGCGGAGGAGGCGGCGCGCUGCGUGCACUGCCGGGCGCUCUUCCGCCGCCGGGCCGACGGGCGCGGGGGCCGCUGCGCCGAGGCCCCGGACCCGGGUCGCCUGCUGGUGCGCCGGCUCAGCUGCCUGUGGUGCGCCGAGAGCUUGCUCUACCACUGCCUGUCGGACGCCGAGGGCGACUUCUCGGACCCGUGCGCCUGCGAGCCGGGCCACCCGCGCCCCGCCGCGCGCUGGGCCGCGCUGGCCGCGCUCUCCCUGGCCGUGCCCUGCCUCUGCUGCUAUGCGCCCCUGCGCGCCUGCCACUGGGUCGCAGCGCGGUGCGGCUGCGCAGGCUGCGGGGGCCGCCACGAGGAGGCGGCGCGGUGAGGACUGCCUGGUGGGUCCGGUAGCUGCACCGAGGACCCCAAAUUGAGGGUCCAGGACCCUGGACUCCGCUCGGACCCCCAAACCCAAACCUAGGCACACCCGGAACUUGGAGCUUGAGUUUGGAUUGAGAGACCCCAGACCUGAAACCUGGACCCCAAAUCUAGGACUGAGAGACCCCAGACCCAGCUUCAUUGGGAUGUCUGUCCAAGAGGUUCCAGGCAUCCUGAGUUCUGGCAUCCCCAUCCUGCCACCACCCCCUCCCUGACCUAGACUAAGGAGACUCCAGGCAUCCCCAGACUCUUCACCUCAGGCAGGCCGGGGAGCACAUGUAUCCCUGAGAGUCACAGGGCCGGGCCCCCUGACUCCCUGUUCAAAUAACCAACCCAGACCCGGUCAUGCCUGACACCAUGAACCCUCAGCCUACAGUUCCGGAGUUAGUCAGGAGUUGCCAAUACCUGACCCUGCCUGCAUACAAUUAUUCCUGCAUACAGUUAGAUCUUGAGACCAUAGAACCCAGAUUCACCCCAAAUGGUCCCUGAAUGCUCACCUAAAACUUGGGGCACCCAUAUCUGCGGUAUUCUUGUAGCCCCCAGGACCCUGAGGCACCAAACCCUCUUGAGAUGCCCUGAGUGCUUAGGUAUGCCCAAACAGAUGUUCUCUGACCAAAAUGACUUGGGAGACCCAUCUCAGAGCCUCCAUCUAUGCCCCUCAACCAAACUCUAGAUGUCACACUCCCAAGAUGCUCUGGGAGCCAAGGAGUGUAGACCCACCCACCCCAGACCAGUGUUCCCAGAACUUUGGAUCUCACAUAUAGGACUCUGAGGUGCCUAGUACUCCCAGAUGUAGUACUGAAGGCCACCAAUAUAUUAGGGCCCAAGACACUGGUCUCAAGUCCUCAGAUAACCCUCUUUCAAAACCCCUUAGACUUGGGAUUUCAAGCCCCAGAAUGGCCUGGAAUCUUUGGCUGCUUUGUACCCAUAGAUCCCCAAUCCCCUAUAAAAGCUGGAAGCCCAGCUCCCAGGUGAUGGGAUGUUCAUCGCAACCCAGACCUCUCAUCCCUCGGCCCCCAGCUCCUGAAUGACCCGGAAGUACUUUGGGAGUACCAGUUCCAAGACCCCAAGGUGCCAUCGGUCCCUCAAAUUCAGGGCUUAAGCCUAUACAACAUUGGGAUUGUCCCUGACUCAAGACCUUGACCCCUCCAUACAAGAUGGAACUGAGGUGCUCCAGGACCGUAGCACCUUCAGAUCCCAGAUUCUUUGGACUUAAAUCUCUUAAGGCUGAUAUUCCCGGAGACUUGCUGCCCUUGAAUCCUACUGGCCAUAAGCCCCUGAAACCCCAAGGUCCCAGACCUCUGAAUUCAAGCCCCAAGCAUCUCACAAAAUUACUCGGGUUUUUUUACUUGGGUACAAAAACAAAAAAACAUCAUUUUGAGCUCAUGUUUCUGGAUUCCAGGACCACCCCAGAUCUCCCCCAUUCCCAUUUCUAGGACCUGGCACUGUCCUAGAUGAUUGUGCAGGCUGUUUACUAAGCAAAGACACACAGUCAAGGUGGGGGUGUGGCUGGAAUUCACACCGCACUCUGCUGGCUGCACUGUGCACGGAGUCACUUUUUAGGCUAGUUGUGGCUCUACACACGCACACGCACACGCACACGCACACACGCCCCUCUUGCACUCUGCCCCCAGCCCUUAAGCCCCAGCCUCCUAGUCCAAGCUUUUUAUGUUCGGCCCUGUUAACCCCUUCCCUUCCAUCUCAGAGUUGGGGGUUUGAAAGCCGGUUUCAUGGCCCUCUGUGAUGUCACAGUCUCUUUUCCCUGAGUGGAAGGGGACUUUCAGGGUACCUCAGAUCUGAUGGCCUGAAGUGGAGGACCAAGGUCUUGGAGAAAGACAAUCUCAAUGCUGUAUGGGUUUGGGACCUGCACGUGGUCCCAAGCAUCUGGAAAUGUGCACUUACCUUUCUUCAUUACCCAGACUUGGAUGGCCUUGUAGGGGUUCAAGGGAUAGGUCAAGGGGGUCAGAGGGCUAGAUCCUUCUGUCACUUCCUUUAAAUUAUUAACUAUUUAUUACAUCCGGAACCUGUGAGAUUCCGCUCUCCCAACCAGACCCUGGGAUGGGUGAGAGAAAAGGGGGAUGUCCCUCCCAUCCCCACUCUGCCCAGCUCUCGUCACUGUCAGACCCACCAGAGCUGAGGGCGGAGGGACCAGGGGGCUGGGGCAGCCUGGGUCCCCAUCCCCCUCUCUGUGCCUCGGUCUCCUCCCUUCCGUGGUGGGCGGGGGGAAGCUCCAUUCUUAACCUACCUCGUUUUGGGGAGGGGUGGGACGGGGACCAGAGUGCUGUAAGGUGCUGUGGGAUCUGCGGAUGAAGCGGUGGGAGCUGGGGAAGGUUCCCCUGGCCCCCACCUCCCAGCACCGCCUCUCCCAGGUCCCCCAGUCCUGCUCCCUGCUGAUACCCACCUCUGAUCCAUGAUUACUCUUCAUCACCCCCAAAUCAGGGGUGCAUGGAGGGCUGACCCUGGGAGCCAGGAAGACCUCAGACCCUGGAGCCCCCAGGCCCAAUUUCCCAGCUGCUUGCCCCUCAGAUUGGAUGCUUGGCCCCCAGACUUGGGGGAGGCACCCCGAUAUUUAUCUUCCUGAUCUUGAUUCCAAGCCAGUCUGUGACCUCAAUAUUGUUAUCGUCAGUGCAGGCUGCCGUGGCGGGGGAGGAUGGGGGCCAAAGACCCAGCCUUGUCAUUGGGGAGGGGGCAUGAGAUAUUCGCUCCAAGAAAUGUCUGUGACAAAGUC